AUGGGCGUCGUGCUAGGCUGCGGCGGGCACUGCGAGGAGUGCGCCGCGAACUGCGGCAGGGCCCCCGGCUCUGGCUGUCUGUCGGCCCAUCCGAACAAGCCCGUGGCGCACACGCUGAGCGUCGCGCAGGACGGCCUCGACAUUCCGCUCUCCGCGCCGCAGCGGUACAACCUUGCUGGCAUCGACUGUCCUAUAGCACAGGCCGUGUGCAGCGACUACGAGCUCCGGCCCGGUCACGGCGCAGACGACGGGCUCUUCGAGGACGCGGCGCGCAGCUUCGCGGAGCUCUCGGACCAGGUGCUGCCUUUCCCAGACUGCGUUUCUGCAGGCCGAGGCACCGACGUACCCAAUCUCGGUCAGCGCAAGGCCAUCGCAGCGCUCGAGGACGAAUGCCGCUUCAACGCGGGCGCGGUGCAGAAGGUCCGCCUGCUCUCAAAUGCAUAUGACCACUGGCGAUCAGUCCGUGGAGACGGGAACUGCUAUUACAGGACGGUCGCCUUUGGCGUCCUGGAGUCCCUCGCCUGCGCUGGCGAGUGGCAGAGGCUGGAGAAGGUGGUCGCGACCCUCAGGGAAGUCGACUACGAGGAAGGCUCGGAUGAGCAGCGCGCCCACGCCCAGCUGCUCCGGCGGCUGUCCUCCCGCGACGACCUCCUUCAGCUCGAGGCCUGGGUGGCCCAGGACGCGGAGCUUGACCAGGCGCUGAUCCGCGCGUGCCGGCGCCUGGCGAGGCUGUUCCUCGUCCGCAACGGUGACCGGCAGUCGCCGAGCGGCGCCACGUACGCCGAGCUCGUGCACGCCGAGUCGUACGCGGGGGUCGAGGACUACUGCGCGAGCGUCGUGGACCCGAUGGGGCGCGACGCGGAGACGCUGGCCUGCUACGCGCUGCCGCUGAUGCUGGGCGUCGGCGUGCGCACCUGGAUCCUGGACCGCCGCGACGCGGUGGACCUGGUCAGCUGGGACGCGCUCGGCCCCGGCGGGGAGGUCGACGUGCACGUGCUCUUCAAGCCCGGGCACUACGACCUGCUCUACCCGCGCGCCGGCAGGGACCGCGGCGGCCGCGAGUUCGAGGUGCUCGAGGACCCCGUGCCCGCCUGCUUCCUCCCCGAGCCUCGCCCAGGCCCGUGCUCCGUGGCGCGGGCCGGCCCUGCGAUGCCCAGCGCGGCACCCGCGAACACGCCGCGGUCUCUGGUCGGCGAGGCUCUCGGCUGGCUCACGCGGGGGCCGUUCCCGCUGUGA